AUGAGUUCUUAAGAAUAAUAAGAAUCUAAAAGUGUUAGAGAUGAGGUAUCUCCAUCAAUCCGAGAUUUCAUAACAAAUUUUCGAAAAUAAUAGGCUUAACUUGCAAAACAAAAUGCAUAUGAGCAAUCAAUUAAAAAAACUAUUCCAAUAAAAUAAAUAACGUAAUUGAAAUUGAAUAGAUAAUCAGUUGAUACUUAGACAGAUCUUACAGAGUAUUAAUCAGAUACAUCAUUUAAAAGAAAUUCAGUCUAAAUCUCAUAAAGAUAAAACUCUACAUAUUCUUAAUCAUGUUUGACUACUAGAGAAGUAUAAAUAUAAUGUGAUGAUAAUAAAUUAAAGCCAACUGAUGAUUUUCCAUCAGCUAGAGUUAACUUUCAUUAUCUUCAUUAAAAUUAUCAAUCCACAUAAAAUUAAUUGUCAGACUUGGGAACUUAAAAUUCUUCAUAACAAUUACCUUUAAUAUAUAGAUCCCCAUAAAAGUUAGAAAAUGAAAUUAAUUUUGAUUAAAUGACUGAAUAAAUACUCAAUAAAGUUAUAUUAGAAUUAGAUAAAAGAAAUACAGAAACUAAUCAAUCUUAAUAACAAUAACCUGUUUCUAAGUCACUUUCUAGUUAAAAAAUGAACAAUUUAUCAAUUAAUAAUUAAACUGUUUCAUUAACUGUUAUACCUCAACCAAAAAAUGAUGACGAUGAUUCUUUUCUGAAAUUCAUGUAAAUAUAUUACACAUUAAUUUUUUUAGUUAAAUGAGCCUUGUUAAUAAAAAUAAAAUUUAUUAUGAAGAACAAGAAAAUUAACCACCAUAAAAAAGUCCUGUACAGUAUUUCUCAAAUAUUCCUAAAACAAGAGAAUAACAUUCAAAAUCAUCAAUUAGUAAAUCCCUUUUUUCAGAAUCUCUCAAUUAGAAUAGUAUAUAUAUAAAAUAUUAUCAAUAGAAGUAAUUAAGACUAAAAACAAUACUAAUACAAAAUCAAAUGCUCAUUAAAGAUUAUAUUAAGAUGCUUGUAUGAGAUAAGAGAGAAAGACUAUGGCUGCAAAUAGAAAACCUAGAUACUGA